UUUGAUGGCCUACAUCCAUCACUGCAACCGAGCUACGACCAUCAGAUGGCCCUUGGACAUUCAAAAUAAUCUAACAAAUACCCCCCUCUCUUCUCUGGAACAAAGUCUGAUGGAAAGGGUUUAUAUCCAGGUAUUGGCUGUGCUCGAUUCCUCUUUGACCAUGUCUAUGUCACUUUGGCUCGCGGGCUAUUAUCGGGGAACGGGAAAGACUUUUUCAGCGCUUCCUCCAUACACUGGCCAUAUACCGCGGAUCUUUCGUUCAUGUUGUGAGACUUCUCCGAUACCAUCCACGACCCGACAUUUCCACCCGACGCUCUGAAGCUCUAUUCGGAUGGGGAUUCUAGUAAAGAUGAUCAAUUUGAAGCAUCUAAAUAAUCGACAGAUGUCUGCUAUGCAUACAAGCUUUUACAAAGUUAUGAUCGACAGAGCAAAAGCACUUACACAGCCGAGCUGCGAGAUCUCACUAGUGAUCUUCAGAUCUUCAGAUCCGCAGCACAGCUUUCUGGAAGAUCUUCUACAAUAUAAGCAGGGACA